CAAAAAUAUCCAUUUAAACUUAUUUUAUUCACAGUUUCGUUCAUUCUACAGUUGCAUAUGUACAUCACAGCACUCGUAACCACAAUGUAUACACGGGGUGUCCUCUUUGUGGUCCUUUUCGGAAUUUGUGUCGCCUUCCGAGUCCAACAGGACACUGCAUCAGACGAACUGGUGACAGGUAUAAACAACUUUGAACAGCAACUCAAGGACAUAGAAGAACUGAUCAGCAAGGUGCGAGAGGAAGUCUCGCAGGAAGAAGCCAAAGAUGAGCACAUCAUGGUCAGUCGAGUCAAGAGAGGAGUGUACUACAAAAGAGGAGCCCCAGGAUACGCUGGGCUUACAGGUGAGCCUGGCGAGAAAGGUGACGAUGGUGCUCCAGGGGGCCCUGGUGCUCAGGGCCCGGCGGGUCUAGACGGAGACAAGGGAGAUAAGGGCUCUGUUGGUCCACCAGGGGUUCUUGGGGUGUCAGGCAAUUAUGGACCGAAAGGUGUAGCUGGAUCGUACGGACCUCCUGGACAACCAGGUUUACCUGGGCGCAAAGGGGAGAUUGGCUUCACCGGAGUGAUGGGAGAUUGGGGAUCACCCGGAAGUCCGGGUGCACCAGGGCCAAUAGGCGCCAAAGGAGAAAGGGGCAAUUUUGGUCCAGCAGGUCACCAAGGGGAGACUGGUGCAAAGGGUGCAGAAGGACCCGAAGGUUAUAUGGGAGUACCUGGUCCAAUGGGAGGGCAAGGGUACCCUGGAGAUGUUGGGAGAAGAGGAGAACCAGGGGUUCCUGGCCAACCUGGUGAACCUGGCGCAGCAGGCCCCGUCGGCCAUCCUGGACAGAUAGGCAUUCCCGGAUCACCAGGACAGGCCGGUCCAAGCGGCGAGGAAGGAGCUCUUGAGCUUAAUGAUCUGGGUGAUUUCAUUGACCAACCAGGACCGCCGUUAGGUUCGAAACUGCCAGUAUUCAACCAGGACACUGGUUCUCCCGUAAAUUUCUUGGACUCUAAAUCAAAUCCCUUACCAACCGAAAGUUUAACUGAGUCGGAAAUGGGAUAUGUAAUGGCAGGACGUAAAGAUGCCCCAAUGAUGGUGAUACCAGGGAAGGAUGCAAUGCUAGGCCCAGCAAUGGUAAUGAGUAAGGAUGGCGAACCAGCUCCCAUGUUUUAUGGCAAAUCGUCAGAAGAGGCGCCAGGUCCAGCAAUGAUGAUAUCAACUAAGGACGGACAACAAGCUCCGAUGUUUUAUGGAAAAUCGUCAGACGAGAUGCCAGGACCUGCAAUAAUGUCAACUAAAGACGGACAACCAGCUCAAAUGUUUUAUGGAAAAUCGUCAGUCGAAAUGCCAGGUCCAGCGAUGAUGAUAUCAACUAAGGACGGACAACAAGCUCCCAUGGUUUAUGGAAAAUCGUCAGACGAAACGCCAGGACCAGCAAUGAUGUUAACUAAAGACGGACAACCAGCUCAAAUGUUUUAUGGAAAAUCGUCAGUCGAAAUGCCAGGUCCAGCGAUGGUUAUGACUAAAGACGGCGAACCAGCACCAAUGUUUUAUGGAAAAUCGUCAGACGAGACGCCAGGACCAGCAAUGAUGAUAUCAACUAAGGACGGACAACAAGCUACCAUGUUUUAUGGAAAAUCGUCAGACGAGACGCCAGGACCAGCAAUGAUGAUGACAACUAAAGACGGACAAGCAGCUCCCAUGUUUUAUGGAAAAUCGUCAGACGAGACGCCAGGACCAGUAAUGAUGAUGACUAAGGACGGACAACCAGCUCCAGCAGAAAGCCAGUGGUUAUCCAAGAAAAAUGUACCUACAUUUGCAGUCAUGUUUCCAUACCCUGAAAUAGAAGAUAUGCCAGUGGGUCCAGUCAGUGGCAACGAUAUUGAUACGGUGGAAACGCCUGAAGAAGAAGAACAAGAUGAUGAAGAAGAAGAAUAUGAAGAAGAAGAGGAGGAAGAAGAAGAAGAAUAUGAAGAAGAAGAAGAGGAAGAAGAAGAGAAGGAAGAGGAAAUUGAAGGGGAUGCUGAGGUAGAGGGAAAUGAAGAGGUGCAAGAGACAGAGGAUGAUCAAGAAGAAGAGGUCGUACAAGAAGUUGACACAGUGGAGGAUGUCGAUCCUGAGAUAGAGGAAAUCGAUCCAGAAGUUCAAGAGAAGGAAGAAGUCGAACCUCAUGUCGGGGAAGUAGAACCAGAGGUUGACGUAGUGGAAAGAGUCCAAACAGAAGUCAAUGAAGAGGAAGAGGAUGAACCAAAAGACGAGGAAUCGGAAGAGGAUGAGCCGGAAGAAGGAGAAUCGGAAAAGGAUGAAACAGAAGACGAGGAAUUGGAGGAGGAAGAACUAGAAGACGAGGAAUCGUUAGAGGAUGAACCAAAAGACGAGGAAUCGGAUGAGACUGAACAAGAAGUUGAAGAAGAAGAACCCACAGAACAGGAACCAUCAGCUGAGGAUGACACUGGUGGGGAAGAUGGACCUGAAACGGAAGAUGAUCAAGAUGAAGAAUAUUAUGAGACAGAAGAAGAAGGAAUAGAAGAAACAGCUGACUAUGGUGAAGAGGUUGAUAAUAGCCUUGCUCCUUAUAUAAUUAAUAACGAUUCCCAGAGAACAACAUAAUGUGUCGUAUAUAUGUCGAUCAAAAUAAUAUAGCAUAAUUCUUAAAAUGAAAAUGAAAUAAGUCGUUGGAUACAAAAUUUAAGUUACGACUACAUACUUAUACAUUUAUUUGAUAUCCAUAUGUUUAACGCCAUAACAAAUUCAGGACUUCUAUAUAUUAAACAGAUUUAUUUUUGUGGAGUGAGAUAAUCCCUCUUGUUAAAUGUUUGAUAUGAAGUGGAUCUACAUGGAAUUUUGUGAUCUCCAAGGCAGCUUCUUGGGUCACAGUUUUGUAUUGACUUCAAAGUGUCGUGUUCAGUAAUACACUGUAAAUAGAGUGAACGAGAUCCUUACCGAUUUCUAGCUGUAUGUAGUGGUUGAGCUUAAUAGGAAAGCAUCAAAAGCUAUCAUUAGUAACGAUAGAAUAGGGUUUCAAGGAUCCCUGUCCCACUAUACUGUGUUUUUCUUAUAUAAAAUAACCUCCCCUUAAUUUAGUUUUUGAUAUAAUUGUAGCACAUUUGGGCCAAGGCACAUCCGUUGAAUAGGUAGCUCAGUCGGUUAGCGCAAUAGUUUAUCGAUCUGAGAUAUAGGGGUUGAAUCCUGGUCUAGCCCUGCUGUCUUUAUACAUCCAACAAGGUAUGGUUUUCUUUUCAGAAAUGAUUUAACAAAGCUAUAGUCAUUCCGGGGAAAAAACAGUUUCCAAUGUGUAAUUACCGGUUUUGGCAGUGGUACGGGGGUCCUUUGUAGAUUUAUUAGAUACGGUUUAUUUGUUUUGCAAUGCGGUCAGUUCGUAUGAAAACUCCUAUGUUCCAUCUGUUGUAUGUUUGUGUGUGUCUGUAUCUCGUUACUGAUUGUAAUACGUAUAGUGACAAUGAAGAAGAUUAAAUCCGGUUAAUAAAUCAAAUAUAUGUGUACAAAU